CACUGACGAGCAGGCAGCUUCCGGAUGGCCUUUGACCAGCAGGCGUGAAUUGGACUCCAAAUUGGCAAAAACAAACUGUAAGAACAGAAACAAUGAAACCGUGGACAGCCAGAAGACGCGGACACUGAAGUCUGAGCGAGACACACGGCCCACAAGCCCCCCAGGCCAGCAGGACGACGACGAAUAGUGUGCAGACUCGACAAGGCACCCUGUGUGUGGGCUCCGCUGUGACGCAGUUACACAACAAAAUUCUCUGUGCAGAGAAGUAGGCUCCCAGGGGCAGGGGCACACGUUUCAAGUCAACUAUCAACGCCACAAGCUGCCAGCUAAAUCAAAGUGUGUGUGUUUGUGUGCCAGCGAGUCGCUACCGCGCACUCCGUGAAGCUCGAACGCCGAGCCGGCAGAAGCCCCCCGAAAGCCACCCGGCCCGCUGAAGCUCAGGGUCACGCAGGCCGCAGUUUUCACUUUUCUUCACUCUCGCUUGGGCAAGUUCAUUAGCGGACAAUCACAAUGGUUGUGACGGCCUCCACCUGCCGCACGGAGACCGUGUUCGAUUACAACUGGAAGGACGUUGUGGUUGCGUAUUGGAACCGAUACCCAAAUCCCUACAGCACGCACGUCCUCACCGAAGACACCAUCUCGCGAGAGGUGCGCGACGGCAAGCUACGCUCGCGUAGACUGCUCUCCAAAACCAAUCCCGUGCCAAGGUGGGGAGCUCGCUUCUACAACAAUGUGCCGGUCAAGAUUGUUGAGGACUCGGUGCUGGAUCCGGUCAAGAAGACGCUCACCACCUAUACCCGAAAUCUGGGUAUGAAGAAGAUAAUGAACGUCGAAGAAAUCGUCGUGUACAGCGAGCAGCCGGACGGCAGCACUCUGGCCGAGCGACGAGCCUUUGUCAGUUCGCAAGUUCUGGGAUUCUCGCGUGCCAUUCGAGCCUUUGGACUCGAGCGGUUCAAAUCCAAUGGUGUCAAGGCUUUCAACGGCUUCAAUCACGUUCUGCGACGCAUGUUCCCGCAUAACCACUUGGGUGGACAGCACCAUCAGCCAGCUAUAGCGGCGCCAAGCGAUCUUGCAGUGACCACAUCCACCACGACGACGUCCACCGUCAGCAGUCACAGCAGCAGCACCACGGAUAGGCUGAAGGGCGCCUCCAAAGUAGGCUACGAGUUCUUUAAGAGCCACGCCUCCAAGAUUGCGCAACUGUUUUCCGUCAAGAACUGAAAGCUGACCGGUGUCCCGAUCGAUCGUAUGGGACAGAGAUCUAAGUCUUCGAAUCCGGAGCAAACUCCGGACUGAGGUGGCCUGUGGAGAAGCGGAGAAGUAGUGGGAGGCGGACGGAGGCAUCGGCUGCUGUAUUUCACAUGUAUUCCAAACUAAAUACCAACUAGAUACUUUGCUGCAUUUCAUUCCGUGUGUGUGCGCAAGCCAGAACCGAACGGAGGCACUACUUGCUGAACACAUUUUCUGCAUCCUCUACAAAAUUCUAUAAUUUAUCAUUAGUAAGUUGCACUCUAUUAUUAUUAUUACUGUUGAGUCGGGAAAACAAAUCUAGAAAGACGUGUGUAAAAUUUGGUAUUUCUAUUGUCAACUGUUGUAUAUUUUUAUUUUCAA